UGGCCAGUAACCGCCUUAACCGUCACUUCAAAAACAAUGAAAAAGAAAAUGUUGAACACAAAGUACACAAUAAAAUGUACUGACUGAAUAUGUUGGAUUUUUAAUCAACAAUGGAAGGAAGAAGAGAAGAAAUAAGAAAGGGGCCAUGGAAAGCAGAGGAAGAUGAAGUUUUGAUAAACCAUGUGAAAAAGUAUGGACCAAGAGACUGGAGUUCCAUUCGAUCCAAAGGACUUUUACAGAGAACUGGCAAGUCUUGUCGACUUCGUUGGGUAAACAAACUUAGACCCAAUUUAAAGAAUGGGUGUAAAUUUUCACUAGAGGAAGAGAGAGUGGUGAUAGAGUUGCAGGCACAGUUUGGGAACAAAUGGGCAAGAAUAGCCACGUACUUGCCUGGGAGAACUGACAAUGAUGUUAAGAAUUUUUGGAGUAGUAGGCAAAAGAGGCUGGCUAGAAUUUUGCAGAAUUCAGCGACACCCUCUUCCUCUUCCAACUCCAAAUCCCACAGGGCUACUUGGGAAGUUUCUACUUUCAAUGAUGUUCCCACUUUACUGGCUCCAAAAUUGAGUUCUUCAAUGGAUGAAGAGUCAUCCUCAAAGGAUCAUUCUUGCUCGUCAUCCAACAGAGAGAAAGCUGGGACAAUUAAGAUGGUUCCAGUGCCGGCUCUAGUUAAUCCUAAGUUGCUUCAUUUCGAUGCCCAUUCUGUGCUUACUCCAUUUGAGAAUAAUCCUUGCACUGAUUCUCAAUUACAAAUUCCUUUUCCUGACAUUACACAAACUCAGCAUGAUCUUACAUUUUCACCAGAAAGCCAAGAGCUAUUGGCCGGGCUUGAGGACCCUCACUUUUUUGAUGUGUUUGGACCGGUGGAUGCUUCUCAACUUAGUAAUGAAGUGCCGCUUCCUGUUGAAGAACCAUUUUUAAAGCCAAUGAGAAGUUUUAGGAACGCUGUCAAGGACGAAAACGAUAACCUGGUGAACCCAGAUGCCUUCUUUGAGGACUUCCCAACCGAUAUGUUUGAUCAUAUCGAGCCACUUCCCAGCCCAUCAGACUGGUGAUUUAUUGACUAUAAGGCUGGUGUCAUGUCAGGGUAGACGAUAAACAUUUGAUUAAUUUCAUGAGCUGCAAAAUUUCAUUGCAAUCGUUGUUAACAUAGUCUUGUAACUUUUAUUCUUUGUGU